AUGUUCACUAAUUACAGAGCCUUCUACAACGUUUCGACACCUUGUUGGACAGAUCUCGGCACCGGCGUCUGCCUCCUGCUCAUCAUCCAACUCAUCGUCGCCGCUCUUAUUGUCAUUCUCCUCGACGAGCUCCUUCGAAAAGGCUACGGUCUCGGCUCGGGCAUCAACCUCUUCAUCGCCACCAACAUCUGGGCCAUCGUCGCCCUCUUCCACCUCCUCUUCACGUGGCACGACAAAGGACGCGCGUUCAAGGAAGCGUUCUGGUGCAAGAGGUUGCCGAACGUCAUGAGCCUUAUCUCGACUGUCGUCAUUUACCUUCAAGGUUUCUGCAUUGAGAUUCCGGUCAAGAGCAACCGUUUCCGCGGCCAGCGUGGCACCUACCCCGUCAAGCUGUUCUACACAUCGAACAUGCCCAUCAUGCUCCAGUCCGCCCUUACCUCGAACGUCUUCAUCGUGUCGCAGAUGUUGGCUUCGCGCUUCCCGUCAAACCUGUUCGUUCGUCUGCUUGGUGUUUGGGAGCCUACUGAGGACUCGCCCCAGCUCAGGGGCCGUCUAGACCCUAUCCACGCCGCCGUCUACAUCACCUUCAUGCUCUCCGCCUGUGCCCUGUUCUCGAAGACCUGGAUCAGAGUUUUUGGUUCGGGUCCUCGGGACGUCGCCAAGCAGUUGAAGGAUCAGCAGAUGGUCAUCGCCGGCCAUCGUGAAGGUGCCAUCCUCGGGCUCCGUUCCGUCGCCGCCGACCUCUCAGGCGCGAUCGGCAGCGGUACCAGUAUCCUCAUGGCGGUUACUAUCAUCUACAGCUACUGGGAAAUUGGCAUGCGCGAGUCCAGCGGACCCGAGAUGGCUGCCCUCGGUGAUCUGCUAUGA